ACACCGUUUUAUCUUUAUUUUAUGAUUGUCCCCUUGUACAACAGAACACAAUUGAUUUGCAUGGCUAAGGAAUCUCAUAACAUACCCUUGGUAUACUGCAGGAAACACUUUUCCUUUAGGAAUCUGCUUAUGCAUGUUUGUUAUAAAGAUUUACUGUGACAAACCAUUUUUAUUACUGUAUCUGUUGUGCUGAUCUGCACAGCAGGUUGCAUUGAUAUGACAUCCCAUAUAGCACAUGAGGCGUGCGGUAUCUUCAUGCAAGAAGCCAUUUUGAACUCCGUGCAGUAUACCAAGGUCUGGAUGAAGCUGGGAUUGCUUUGAAGAAACGAGUGAGAGAAACUGGGCAGGGACACCGUAAAAGAGAGAAUUAGACAGUUUUUAUGUGUAACCAUGCAUUUCCCCUUUAGAUUAUUCCCUAUUAAACUUUUCUCUCUGUUAUUUGUGUGUGUGAUUUUUAUAGUGGAGAAGGCAUUUGCAGAGCCCCCUCCUUGAUGACUGAAAGUGGUCUUCUGCAGCCAACAGGGGAUUGUAGACAAUUACAAAAGGCCAGCAAGCAUUCAAGCCCCCCUCUUUUUCCCCCCAGUGUAAACACUUAACUCCUCUGCUUUUUUGUUUUUAAGGGCUUUUUAGUCAGUGAUUAAUUGUAGCAGCUCGGUUAUUUUCUGGGAAGAUAUUCAUUAUUGCAGUUUAGCCAGAUCAAUAUAAAAAGGCAAUUCUGGUGCAUACUUUGUAUGCUUAAAAAUCUGAAGUAAAAGCUACAAUUGACCAAUUGUUGAAAUGCUAAACUAUAUUGGUAUACUAUUAAUUACAUGAGGUAAAUCUGGAUUCAACCUUUGAAGUGGUUUGUACACUCAAAAAAAGAAUGUGUGUAUAUUUGUAUGUGUAUAUAUAUAUAUAUAUAUAUAUAUAUAUAUAUAUAUAUAUAUAUAUAUAUAUACAUGCAUACAUACACACACGCACACAAUUUUUAGAUUAGAUUAAUUCAAGAAUUAUAUAUUUUAUAUACAUAAUAUUGGCACGGUAAGAGACUGAGAGGGAGAUGAAAGCAUUGCAUGGCAGGUUUUUGGGCUGGGAUUACUAACUAUCACUAAGUGCUACUUUUAUUGCCCUAAUUUGUUGGCAGCACCUCUUGUAGUCAUGGUGAUGAUUCAUUUGCUUCACUGGUCCUGGGAUUUUCCUACUCUGUGAAAUGUGCACUAGGGGAAAAAUUGCACAUUGUUGAGCUCUUUGCCAGUGUACAUAUUUGUGUUUUCUUCCCCCAAGAGCAUAUGGUCGGACCAAGUGAUGUUUGCAUUAACGAGGAGUAAGAUUCUACAUGCUGUAAAUAUCUUUAUGAACCCACUCCUCAUGACGCAAGCAGGGUCUAAUACCUUUUUAACGGUGGUCUUUCUUUUUUGUUGUUGUGUUUUACAGUUCUUUUUCCUGGUUCAGCCAGUCCUAUAUACCAGGCCCUGCUGAAAAUGCCACCCAACAGUUUUGUCUUCUGCAGCUAAUCCUGUUUCUCAAGUGCCCUUUCUGCCCUUUCUGUGUUGUCUGUUUCUGUAAAGAUGGCAGAUUUUGUUUGAAGUGAAAUUAAUUUCAGAUGUAUGCAUACCCAUGGAUCAUCUCAUAAGAUUUCCCUUUAUUUAUUUUCCCUUCAGCAUUGGGCACAUAAUUUGCUAAUAUAAGCAGGGCUUUUGCUGGUAGUAAUCCUUGAUGAGCACAUACAGAUUCCUGUGCUUUUAUUUUUUUAAAGUGGGAAGGUGAAAAAGGUAAGCAACCAGGUGGCCUGUCAAUAAUUAUACUGGCAGCUUGGAACAAUAGUCACCAGCAAAAGCCCAGAGGAAUAAUUAAAAAGAAAUGUCUAGGUUUUUUUUUUUUUUGGUUUUUUUUGUUUGUUUAUGGUAAGUUAGACCAUCAAAAGCAAACUGUACCAUGCUGUUGACUCCGAAAUCAUAAACUCUUUUGUUUUGUGUAUCUUGAUUUUUCUGUGUGCUUUAUAGCGAAGCAGCCGACGUGAGUCGCUUGUUCAUAAAACGUCUUAUGAAACUUGAGAGCACACCCCACUGGAGAACCGGCUGUGCUCGCUUACGUUUGGUUCAUGACUUAAAAAACAAGUACAGGAGUUAUUCCUGAUGAGACUAAAGCUUUGUCUUUGCUGGCGCCAGCUAAUGCUGUAGCGGGCAUGUUGCCAGGCGGCGGCCUUCUGCCAACCCCAAAUCCACUCGCGUCUAUGGGAGGUGUUCCUUUGUCUGCCAUGGGAGGUCCCACACUGGAUCCUGCUCUCGCUGCACUGGGUUUGCAAGGGGCCAACAUGAAUCCUCAGUCUCUCUCAGCUGAUCAGCUCCUGAAGCUCAUGCAAUCUGUAGAUCCAAAGCUGAAUCAUAUGGCUGCAGGGCUGAAUCUAAAUCCUGGAUUGAAAGGCGAUGCCUCCAGUAAAGAGAUUGAGGAGGCUAUGAAGCGGGUCAGAGAAGCACAGUCAUUGAUCUCGGCUGCGAUUGAGCCCGGAAAUAAGAAAGAUGACAAACGGAAACAUUCAAGAUCCAGGUCCCGCUCGAGGCGGCGGAGGUCUCGGUCUCGCUCCAGACACAGGUACAGGCGAUCGAAGAGCCGAUCCAGACGCAGGUCUCGUUCCAGGAGUAAAAGGCGUUCCAAAAGCCCUCGCAGGAGGAAGUCCCAUUCUAAAGACAGGAGCAGACGUUCACGCAGCAAAUCGAGGGAUAGGAAGAAGGAGAAGGAGGUCAAGAAGCGCUCCAAAACUCCUCCAAAGAGCUACAGCACUGCCAGAAGGUCCCGAAGCAUCAGCCGGAGGCGCAGGAGAAGCCGCAGUACAACCCGAUCUCCCAAGAAGUCCAGGUCCCCGAAGAGAAAGGUCUCCAGGUCUCCCUCUCCUAGAAGGCACAAGAAGGAGAAGAAGAAAGACAAGGAGAGAGAGCGGGAGCGCGACAGGGAAAGGAAAGAGGAGAAGGACAGAGGCAGGGACGAAAGGGAGCGCUCACCUACCAAAAAGAAGAAGAGCAAAGACAAGGACAGGGAAAAAGAGCGGGAAAAGAAGUCUGACACUGAGAAGGGAGAUGUGAAGUGCUCUAAACACGGACUGUUGCAAGCAGAGAUGACUAAUAAGGCAGAAGUGAACCAGGUAACCAGAGAUUACGAUGAGGAAGAACAGGGCUAUGACAGUGAGAAGGAGAAGGAGGAGAAGACUCACACUGAUCUGAGCGAAUCCCCGAAGUCCAAGGAGCCUUCAGUGGAGAAGACCGAAGGGGCAGCGGUAAAGGAGUCCAAAGUCAAUGGUGAUGAUCACCACGAGGAAGACAUGGAAAUGAGCGACUGAUUGCAUCCCCAUGAAUCUGCCAUCCUCAAACCUUUUACUAGAACAUGCAUUGACACCAUUCCACAAGCUUUCGUUUCUUUUUAAAAACCGCAGGAAAUAUGCUUUGUUGCUCCAUAGAAGCUGGCAGGUUAAAUGUAGUCUUAACUUUGGGGAGAAAAAAGAAAAAAUAUUAAAAUGCUGUUUUUUUUUUUGUAUUUAAACCGUUUGCAUCUUUCCAGUACCAGUCAGAUAGACCACGUAGGAUUAGCCAGUUUAUCUUAAGUAGGUGGAAUGAUCUGUGUGCAUGUGAAAAGAGUUAAACUUCAAUUGUUUGUAAUAAAAAAAAAUAAAAACUCUACAACAAAAAUAUCAUUAUAGGAACAUGGUUUUAAGAUUUCUUAUUGCUGUAACUUUGUCAAGGGCCUAUGAUACUGAUGAGCCCUGAUACAUGUUAAGCACAAUUUAUAUUUUUGUGCUUCAAGUUAUUCUGUACUACACUGAAUGGUAGAGUAAACCUCAACUAUUAAAUUGCUUAUGUAAAUUUUAAAACCUUUUACUGUUGAGGAAUUGGUCACUUGCAUUGUCAAAUACUGCAUUUUAUAUUGAGCCUAAUUACAGUUUGGAUGCAACUUGCAUUGAUUCACAAUGGUACUUUUCACUGAAAACUAUCUGGUGGAGUAUAAAUUGCAUUCAUUGUCCUUGCUUCACCCAACCGUUAAUAUGGAUUUGCCAUUUAUGGAGUCUUGUGAUUGCUUUCCAACUUGCCAUUUCUCGUAAUAUCCAGUAGGUUGAAUUAAAAUACUUUUUGUGGGUGUAAACGCUCCAUGUCCCUGUAAUAUUUUGCGAUGUUUUAUUAGUGAAAAUCUUUGAUAAUAAAACUUUUUGGGAAAACUUGAA